GAAACCCAAUCCGAACUUGAAAAAUUAAAGCAAGAAAGGAUGCAAAUUUGUACACAAGCGGAUAAGAAUAGCGAAACAAACAGCUCCAUAUUAGAUAAAAUAUUGGAUAAGAUGGGAGAAUGGAUCAUCUCUUUACAAAAUUGGGCAUUUGCAGAUGAAUAUUCUAUAAAACUAUGGAAAGAAAAGGCUGAAAAUACUUUUAAGCCGGAGAUUGCGAGAAAAAAAGUGAAACGAGUAAAAAAAAUGUCGAUAACAAAAGAGAAAAAAUUCUUGGCAGCAAAUAAUAGCUUGGCACAUAAUGAUGAUGAAAACCCAGUAGAUAAUGACAAAGAUCUGACAGAUGAUGAUGAUAAAUAA